AAUAAUAAUGAUAAUAAUAUAAUAACAAAGAAAAAAUCCCAUAAUUCACUUUUGUUUGAAGUUAGGAAGUAGGAAAGGAGUUGAGAGUCGACCCUAAUCAUUUGUAUUGUACCUAAACCAGUGGUUCUCAACUGGAGGGCGUCAGUAAUUUCCAAGGAAGUCGUGAGUCCUGUUGAAAAAGCAGGAAUUUCUCAGAUUAUAUUUGUUAUUCUAUUAACGAGGGCAUAGCCAAGUAAUGAUAAAUUCAUGAAAAAUGCAAAAGUAUCACCUUUUUCUUUGAAAUCUAGGAGGGAAUUGUAUUUAUAGAUGCAUGGGGGCGUGGAGUGAAGGACAAAUUCCUCGAGGAAACGUGAUAGUAAAAGAUUAUGAACCACUGAUGUAAGCAAUCAUAUGGAAAGGACACAGGGAAGACAGUUGAAAGAUCAAAGAUGGUACAGUACAUGUCAUGACGUCAUCAGAUUCGCCAGCGAAUCGCUAACACUGACACAGAAUGUACUAACCAAUCACAACCCAGCCGCAUAUCACCAGCAGGCCAGCAGCUGUGUGUGUGUGUGUGUGUGUGUAAACAAACAGUACCCUCGGGCCUCGACAUUCUUCCUCGUGCCCGCAUCUCUCCUUCGUUGUCUUCAAGAUGACUUCCUCACCACUAGCGAAACUACUUCUCCCUAAAUUUUCCAUAUCGGAGAUGUUAUGCAUUAUUGACCAGAUGAAGGUGUUUUUACCUGUUUUUGAGGGUAAGCUUGACGUUUCCCCUGAAAAAAAAGAGGAAGCUUGGCAGGAAGUUACAAGGGUAGUGAAUUUAAUAUUUGGAGGAGGAAGGACUCCUAGGGAAAUACGACUGAAGUACGAGGAUAUGCAGGCGCAGUGUAUGGCCAACUAUCCCAGACAUCUGCUGCACAUGAGAGACACAAAUGGUGGAUAUCCCCAAGACAUCAAAGAUAUCACGAUUAUGGAGGUUGAGGAAGCCUUGCUGGAGUUUCUUUCACCAUCAGGAGCUACAGGAUUACACAUUAGAAACAAUUUGCCAUCAGAGGAGCCCCGGCCAUCCACAUCUGCUGCCUCUGCUCAUGUGGGAUAUUUUGCUUCCCUUAGCAUAGAUGACGAGGAAGAAUUAAUCCCAAUGAGGCCAGUGAGCCCUGCCUCAAUAGCUGCUGCUUCACCAUUAUCAUCUCCUUCACCCUCAGUGUCCAGCAGCCCUAGUUGGGCUGAUAGCGGGCCAAGGACACCUGAAUCAGGUCUUGGAGAGGAGUUACAGUUGCUUCCUCAGCUUCUUCGUGUCAAUGAGCAAAUUAGAGACGAGAUGGUAAAGCUAGUCAAGGUGAGCCAAGACUCGGCAAGAGCUCUGGAAGCCACAACCAUGGCAGUGCAGGAGAUGGUGCAGCAGCAGCAAGAGAUUAUGGCUAACAUGGCAAUGCAAGGGGACAAAUAUUAGUGUGCCAUAGAGGCUUCUGAAUUAGAUGUGAAUUAGAUGUAAGUAGUUUUAAGUAUUAGUGUAGUAUUCAUUCAUCCUAAGUGUAUGUUUAAGUAUUGUAAGUUUAUUUCACAUCUCAGGUGUAGGUAUAAGUUACCUAAGUUCUGUCUUUCAUUGUUUUGCCUUAAGUUUAGCUACAAGUUCUUUUAGUAUUAUUCUUUUAUUAUUACUUUACUGCAUUCAGGGAAAUCAUAUACCUCAGUACAAAUAGUCAAGCUGUGAUGCUAUAUAACUAUAUUUUAUAUGAAACUUUGUAUUAAUGAAUUACAUAUACAGUUCCUA